AUGUCUAAUUAUAGAGAAGUCGGAAGUAUCAUUGGUAAAAAGGGUGAAAUUGUCACAAGGUUCCGGGAAGAAUCUGGUGCAAAGAUAAACAUAUCAGAUGGUUCGUGUCCUGAGCGGAUAGUGACAGUAACCGGACCGACCAAUUCAAUUUUCAAAGCUUUCACCCUGAUCUGCAAGAAAUUCGAAGAAUGGUGCUCGCAGUUUCACGACGUAUCGGGUGGUGGAGCUGGAGGUGGUGGCAAUGCACCACGUACUCCAAUCACCCUACGGCUGAUCGUCCCCGCGUCCCAGUGUGGAUCGUUAAUCGGCAAAGGCGGCUCCAAGAUCAAAGAAAUAAGGGAAGUUACUGGGGCGCUCAUUCAGGUCGCGUCUGAAAUGCUUCCUAGCUCCACUGAACGUACAGUUACUAUCUCCGGUACCAGCGAGUCUAUUACUCAGUGCAUAUACCACAUUUGCUGCGUCAUGUUAGAGUCCCCUCCCAAAGGUGCCACGAUUCCUUAUCGCCCCAAACCCCAAGUCGGUGGGCCAGUGAUCCUGGCUGGUGGGCAAGCUUACACCAUCCAGGGUAAUUACGCGGUGCCCGCCCACUCGGACGUAAGUACAGUAUUGCCAUUGCAGGCAUCCGCUGCCGGGCCUGCCCCCCCGCCCUCGCUCAACCAAACUCUUACCCCAUCGCAUUUCGCGGCUGCCCACCCCUCCUCACCUUUUGCUUCACACGGUCAUCAUCCGCUACUUCCGGGGCAUCUCACUGCCGGACCACUACCCCAUCACCACCACCACCACCAUCAUCCGCUACACCCGAGUUCCCUACACGCCAGCGUGGCAGGCCUCGCCGAUCCCCUGCUGAAGAGUGGACACUUGCAGGCAGCCCUCCCGCCCGCACUCUUGGCAGACGCCAUGGGUAAACUAGGUAGUAAUCCACUGGCUGGUCUAGCAGCCCUGGGACUGGGUGGACUGGCCGCGCCAGCCAACACCGGAGGAUUGAAUCCAGCUGCAUUAGCGGCAUUAGCCGGGAGUCAAUUACGUACAAAUCAUACAAAUCGGCAACAGCCUGCAGCCAACAACCAGACCCACGAGAUGACUGUACCCAAUGAACUAAUCGGGUGCAUUAUCGGCAAAGGCGGCACCAAAAUCGCCGAAAUCCGUCAGAUAUCCGGCGCUAUGAUCAGAAUCAGUAAUUGCGAGGAGCGUGAGGGUGGUGCUACUGAUCGUACUAUCACCAUUACUGGUAAUCCGGAUGCAGUUGCUCUUGCCCAGUAUCUUAUCAACAUGAGUGUCGAACUGCAGAAAGCUAACCUAGAGGCCCAAAAUACCCAAAACCCUGGCAGCGGUACCACUCCCGGGGCUAGCGGGUCCAGUGCUUCCCCUUCUAAUACUACUACCACUGCCUCUCCUUUGGCCAGCGCAAUCCCCUUGGCUCAGCUGCUAAGCAAGCCAGGAGCCCUCAACGCCCUCUCUAGCCUGACAGCCCUCGGUGGGCUCACGGAGCUGCUAGGUGGCGCUGCUGGCGCGGCGACCGCUACCUUACCAGUCCAGACCACUGGGGUCCACCGUUCCCACAAGACUUUCACUCCACGGCUCCGCAGUCCAGGUGCUCCUGGACCCACUGACUCCGGCAAAUUUAAAUCUGAAAGGACCAAGUACAAUCCUUACUGA